AGGUAUCAUCGAGAAAUCGACCAGACAAGACAAAAAGACAGCCAAUUCCAUUGUGUCUAAGUUUAGCAUCCAACAAUUAAACGUUCUUCUCAUAUCUGUCAAUCUAAUAUACACCAUUUGCCCAUCUUUUUCCUUCACUUCUCUCUAUCUUCCUUUUGCUUCCAUCCCAAAACACCUCUUUCUCCCUCUCUCGGGGUCAUUGAGAGAGAUAAUCACUACAUCUAUCAACCAAUGGCUGCUUCUCAAUCUGAUCAAAAUCACCAACUCAAGAAAGAAUCCGGCCAAGCCUCCUCCGAUGGCAACGACCAUUCUCCAGCCGAAAAUUCUCCGGCAACGGGUUAUCCUCCGACGAUGGGUUACCAUCCUUCCAUGGGCUAUCCACUGGGGCAAUCUGGUUAUCCUCCUCCUGGCUAUAACAAUGGAUACAACAAUCAUUACCUAUAUGCACAAGCACCGCCGGCCGGCUAUUACAACCCUGAUAUGUAUCAGCCACAACCAGGAUACAGAGCGUCCGGUUUCGUCCGCGGGAUCGUUGGCGGCUUAGUUUUCUUUAUUAUCUUUAUUUGCAUAUCUACCAUCAUCAUCUGGCUAAUCUUGCGACCAGCAAUUCCCAUUUUCCACGUUGACACCUUCACCGUGUCCAACUUCAACGCCAGCUCUUCUAGCUUCGAAGCUAACUGGGAUGCUAACAUCACAGUCAAGAACCCUAACACCAAACUCAAAGCAUAUUUUGAUCAGGUAGAGGUAAACGUGUACUACGAAGAUAACCUACUUGCCAAGUCUUUUGCCAAUCCCUUUCAAUUGGAAACCAAACAAGACACUGUGAUGCAAGCGAAGUUAGCAUCCGAUAACUCAGAUCACAGCCAGACCGGUGUGGGGAGCCGGGUGGUGGAGAGGAUGACAGAGGAUAGGAACAGCAGCAACCGGAAGCUGAGUUUUAACCUGAGGGUUGCGCUUUGGACUACCUUUAAGUCAGGUACAUGGUGGGCAAGGCACAUCAAUGUAAGAGUUUAUUGUGAGAAUUUGGAGGUUGGUUUCGUGGGUAAUACAAGUGAUGGAAAAUUAAGCAAUGAUAAGACUAGUGACUGCUUAGUUUUUGCUUAAUUAGCUUAAUUUUUUAAUUAAUAUAUAAUUAUAUGUCCACACAUUUAUACCUUUUGCCAAUUCUUCAUCGAGAUAUUUUAUG